CCAAAAAAGAGUAGAGAAACAUCUCUUGUUUUGGCUUUGACCCCUACGCUUCCUCUUCCAUCUCUACCCCGACGGUGGCUUCUCCGCUACGCCUCUUCAACCUCCGAUUGGUAACAGAAAAUUUUGAGAUCUUUUACGGCGGCUGCAAUGGGAAAUUGUUUCGUUAAGUUGAAGAAAUCGCCGGCUGCAUACACCAAUCGUUAUCCGCCGGUCCAACUCUAUGGCUCUGCUUCCAGUACUCUCACUGCGUAUAUCCGCUUUGCUCUGCUUCACAAGAACCUCACUAUCCACUUCGUUCCGACAGAUACGCCGCCGUUUGCCUACGAGACGCCGGUUCUUCAGAUCGGAUCCGAGACUGUCUCGGGAUACCGCGAGACGCUGCUCCAUUUCAUCGAGACGAAGUUCCCGAACCCGCCGCUGGUGAUUGUUUCAGUGGAAACGACGCCGUUGGUAGUGAGGGUGACGUGGCUGCAACAUCAGAGUGUGAUGUGGCAUAUUGAGAGGAUGGUAAGGUGGACGGAAGAUCUGGCGACGCGUCGAGGGAAGAAGGCCGUCGAUCCAGCGGUUGGAAGUCCAAGGAUGGAGGUUAAGAAGUUCGAGAAGAGUUACUCUCAGCUGCUGGAGGUCAUGCUGGAGCACGCUCGGAUGGAGGAGACGGUGGUGUUCCCCGUUCUCGACAGGGCCGAUCGAGGAAUAUGCAAAGCUGCAAAUGAAGAACAUGCAAGGGACCUACCCAUCAUGAAUGGCAUCAAAGAAGACAUCAAAUCUAUUGGAGUUAUGGAGUAUGGGAGCGCUACCUACAAGGAGGCAAUGUGCACCCUUGCAAUGCGGCUCAAAUCAUUACAGAAGCAUUGCAAACAACACUUUGAAGACGAAGAGAAAGAUUUGCUGCCAUUGAUAGAAGCAACUGACCUGAACGAGGAACAACAAAAGGUGAUACUGGGUCAAUGUUAUGAUUCAAUGAAGGCUACCCAUUCAAAUUUGUUUGACUUCUUCCUUGAAGGCCUCCUCCCCAAGGAAGCUAUGCAGUACUUGGACAUUUUCAUGAAAUGCAGUGACCAAGAGCAGAUAGCCUCCACUCCUCUAUUCAGAUGAUUGUCAAGUCAUAUAUGUCGAACACAUGCAUUUGUAAAUACUGGUAAUAAAGUGCUUUGGUGCUAAUUUUUCUUUCUUUAAGGCAAAUACAAAUGAUGCAACUAGAUGAUUAGUGUUUGAUUCGCCGUUUGUCAAUCUUGCUGAUGUUGUCAUGUUUUGUGCCUGUUGUGGUCAGAAGAAGAUAUAUCUGACGGCUACAAGAACAGGGAAAUCAAUAAGUCAGAGUUUUUGUCAUAUUGUUUCAAAAUUCAAGGAAAUCUUUUACUGGACCUUCUAUUGUAUUUUAAGACUGUAUAUGUUGAUACAAUGCACAAAAUUUUUCUUUUAAUUUUUUUAUUUGAGUUUAGACUUUUAUCAAUCAAAUUAAAUAAAUUUUGUGUGAUUUU